UUUGAAUCAGCCAAUCAGCGCCGCACGCCCCAACUCCGCGGGUGCGGCCUGGCGCAGGCCAGGGCUCGAAGGUGGAGCAGCGGCUGCCCGGGGCGGGGCCUGGGGCCCGCCCUCACGACGCGUGGCCCGGAGCCGGGUAUAUAAGGCCCCUCGGGGCCGGCCACCCUUUCACUACUUCUCCCUCGGACUCCUUGGUAGUCUGUUAGUGGGAGAUACUUGUCGCCCUUCGCCUCCUUCAGCGCUGCAGACCCCUUCAAGUUCUAGUCAUGCGUGAGUGCAUCUCCAUCCAUGUUGGCCAGGCUGGUGUCCAGAUUGGCAAUGCCUGCUGGGAGCUCUACUGCCUAGAACAUGGCAUCCAGCCUGAUGGCCAGAUGCCAAGUGACAAGACCAUUGGGGGAGGAGAUGACUCCUUCAACACCUUCUUCAGUGAGACGGGCGCUGGCAAGCAUGUGCCCCGGGCCGUGUUUGUAGACCUAGAACCUACUGUCAUUGAUGAAGUUCGCACUGGCACCUACCGCCAGCUCUUCCACCCUGAGCAGCUCAUCACAGGCAAGGAAGAUGCUGCCAAUAACUAUGCCCGAGGGCACUACACCAUUGGCAAGGAGAUCAUUGACCUCGUGUUGGACCGAAUUCGCAAGCUGGCUGACCAGUGCACCGGUCUUCAGGGCUUCUUGGUUUUCCACAGCUUUGGUGGGGGAACUGGUUCUGGGUUCACCUCCCUGCUCAUGGAACGUCUCUCAGUUGAUUAUGGCAAGAAGUCCAAGCUGGAGUUCUCCAUUUACCCAGCGCCCCAGGUUUCCACAGCUGUAGUUGAGCCCUACAACUCCAUCCUCACCACCCACACCACCCUGGAGCACUCUGAUUGUGCCUUCAUGGUAGACAAUGAGGCCAUCUAUGACAUCUGUCGUAGAAACCUCGAUAUCGAGCGCCCAACCUACACUAACCUUAACCGCCUUAUUAGCCAGAUUGUGUCCUCCAUCACUGCUUCCCUGAGAUUUGAUGGAGCCCUGAAUGUUGACCUGACAGAAUUCCAGACCAACCUGGUGCCCUACCCCCGCAUCCACUUCCCUCUGGCCACAUACGCCCCUGUCAUCUCUGCUGAGAAAGCCUACCAUGAACAGCUUACUGUAGCAGAGAUCACCAAUGCUUGCUUUGAGCCAGCCAACCAGAUGGUGAAAUGUGACCCUCGCCAUGGUAAAUACAUGGCUUGCUGCCUGUUGUACCGUGGUGAUGUGGUUCCCAAAGAUGUCAAUGCUGCCAUUGCCACCAUCAAGACCAAGCGUACCAUCCAGUUUGUGGAUUGGUGCCCCACUGGCUUCAAGGUUGGCAUCAACUACCAGCCUCCCACUGUGGUGCCUGGUGGAGACCUGGCCAAGGUUCAGAGAGCUGUGUGCAUGCUGAGCAACACUACAGCUGUUGCCGAGGCCUGGGCUCGCCUGGACCACAAGUUUGACCUGAUGUAUGCCAAGCGUGCCUUUGUUCACUGGUAUGUGGGUGAGGGGAUGGAGGAAGGCGAGUUCUCUGAGGCCCGUGAAGACAUGGCUGCCCUUGAGAAGGAUUAUGAGGAGGUUGGAGCAGAUAGUGCCGAUGGAGAGGAUGAGGGUGAAGAGUAUUAACCUGUGUGCUGUACUUUUACACUCCAUUGUCCUGGAACUGUCUUAUUUGUGUUCUGUAAAUGUGUAUUGCCCUAAAUUGUUAAUAAAAGUGAUGUUUCCAUUUUAAA